AUGGGUAGGAAGCCCGUCGUAGUGCUGAACAGUUACGCGGCUAUCAAGGAAGCAUUUGUAAGACAAGGAGAUGUUUUUGCUGGAAGGCCGCCUAUGUUCAUUACAGAUGAUAUGGCCGGAAUGUUAGGUCUUGCUGCAUCCGAGGGGCCACUUUGGAAAGAGCAAAGGCAUUUUGCAUUAGGGGUCUUAAAGGACUUUGGUAUGGGAAAAACCUAUAUGGAGCCCAGGAUACAAGAUGAAAUUACGAUCUUCCUAGCUGAGAUAGAAAAAGAAAAUGGAGUAGCCUUUGACAUGUGGAAUAUUAUUGGAAAAGCAGUUGCAAAUAUAAUCUGCCUUUUAGUUUUUGGUGAAAGAGUCACAUACGAUAAUGAAGACAUUCAACUGUAUCUGGAAUAUCUAAAUAAAAAUGUGGAACACAUUGGAGCCUCGUCUGUGUUGAACUAUUUUCCAUUUUUGAAAUACAUUCCCGGGGAUCCAUUUAAGUUUAAAGAGGCUCUUGAAAAUGAUGAACCACUUACCGAGUUUCUAGAGAGAACUAUCGCAGAACACAAAAAGACUCACAGUCCUGUAAAUAUAAAAGAUUUCUUGGAUGCAUACCUCAAGGAAAUGGCAGCCCAAGAGAAGAUCAAUCCUGGGAAACAUGGGUUUACAGAUGAUCAGUUACUGGAGGUAAUAAGCGACCUAUUUGCUGCAGGGACAGAUACAAUGAUCAACACAUUAAGAUGGGGGAUCCUCUAUCUGGCGAUAAAUCAGGAUAUCCAAGCGAAGAUCCACCAAGAACUAGAUGAUAACAUAGGAACAGAAGCAAUGAUUUCUAUGGCUGAUAAACCAAAGGUACCAUACACUGACGCUUGUAUAAUGGAAAUACAACGAUUUGCUAAUAUUAUCCCAUUUGCUUUACCACAUUCCACAACAGAAGAUGUUAAGUUCAGACAGUAUAUGCUACCAAAAGGCACAAUGAUUUUCCCGAACAUAUGGGCAGCCCUAGCAGACAGUAAACUCUGGAAGAAUCCGGAUGAAUUCGAUCCUCGAAACUUCUUAGAUGACAAGGGGAAAGUUAACAAACCUGCACACUUCAUUCCAUUUUCUCUAGGUAAAAGAAUGUGUCUAGGGGAGUCCCUAGCACGAACAGAGUUGUUCUUAUUCUUCACAAGCAUGCUCCAACGUUUUCACUUUCGACUUCCUCCUGAUCUGCCCCUGCCAAGUUUACAGGGGAAAAUAGGACUCACAAUAUGUGCAUUACCUUAUAAGGUAUUAGCCAUAAAAAGAACAGCUGUCUUGUAGCUAUAGACUAUUCAUAAUCGUGUAAUCUUAAAAAAUUGUUCUCAAAAAGGUCAUUAGAUAUCGUCUUCAAGCAAAAUAUGAAUGUUUUAAAAUCAAAAUGAAACCUUACAAAAAUUCUAAUGAAAUUGCUUGGUCAUUUAUUUUGCUAAACGAACAAUAACGCAUUACAUUUGAGUCAUUCCAUGAAAUGUGGAAUGAAACUCACAUAAUUGUCAUUUUUUUAAUU